CAGUUUGGUCCCCUUGGCUCUCCGUAGAUCACAGCCUGGGCGUCGGCAGUACUUGGUUGCUACUGCUGCGUAGGAAAAACACCUCUUCACCAAGAGAGCUCGGAGGUGUCUAUUACAUAAACGAAAACGUAGCAAAUAUCAAACGUACAAAAUGCAUUCGGUCACGCUGGAAAUCAGUGGUUCGCCACGGAAACGGACGUUAUCUCGGGGACUUAGCGAGGAUGAGUCGCUCCGCUGCAUAAUAAAAGAGACCGAGAGUUCAUCCAGGCGUCUGACACGAAGCGACAGCCGAGCAGGAUUCCUGAAGAAGAGGAGUGACAGUCAGCAGUCUGACCAGGACAUUUUAAUGGGACUCCCAGAAAUGCUGGAGCUGCAGGCCAACUAUGAUGAGGUGGUGCAGGAGCUGCGUGGGCUGGAGGUUGAGCGAGAGACUCUGUUGUUCCAGGUGGACUUCCUGCAGGACACUCUGGAGGGUGUGGAGGAGCUGCUGGCUGAAGCCCAGAGGGAGGCUGGACACGCAAGAUUGGAGUUGGAACGAGAGAGAGAGGCCAAGAGUAAACUGGAGAGCACGGUCUGCUCUCUAAUGCAAGAGGUGGAGAGAUUAAAAGAGGAGCGGAAUAACAAACCAUCUGCUCCAGCAAACGAACAUUCAAGUUUUGACGAGGUAAUGAGACAAAAACACCAAAUGAAAAAUGAUGCAAAGGAAUUGAUGGAAGACGCCUCGUUGUAUGAACCCCAUGGCAGCGAAAGCAGAGGUAAAGCGUCGGAGGAAGAGGGACAGAGUGAAGGGACAGACCUGAUGAAGCUGCGGAAGUUGGGAAAUAAGCCCCUGGGCCACAUGCCCUCUCUUGCAGUAGACAACCCAUUUUCUGUAGACGGCGUCCUGCAGAGGCCUUAUGAAAAUGACGUCAAGGACGGACAAGAUCCUUCCUCCGACAGGGCCGACUCGGACAGCAUCAGUGCCUACGAGGAUGCGUCUGCUGAGACUCCAGAGCAGGACCGUCUGUUUCCGGGUAACGCAAACACUUGUGAGCUGCCUUAUGAUUCAGAGAAAGGCUCUACUAACAACUCCACGGUCAAUGACGGGGACAACCAAAACCCCAAAAACCCUGAUGCUUGUCUUGUGUCUUAAUCUUUUUUAUUUUCUACUGGGCAAGAGGUCAACAAUUAUUGAUCAUUUGGUGGUAAUUCAAAAGCUCUUUGAUUUGCAAUGUACCCAUAUCUGAUAUUUGUGUUUGUAGAAAACAAUCAGAGUUGUAAUUCAUGCUCCAGCUUCUCAAAUGUGAGAAUUGCUGCUUUUCUUUGACACUAUAUAUCUAUAUAUAGAUAGCUGGAUAGAUAGAUUUGAAAUGAUGGUGGGAAUUUGAAGACACUGUAAUAAUAAUUUUUCACUAGUUUUUGACAUUUUAUAACUAAAUGAUUAAUCAGUUAAUUUGUAGCUCGAUUGAUAAUGAAAAUAAUGGUUUAGUGCAGCCCUGUUUGUAAAACACUGUAGCGGAAUUGUAAGUUUCAGUUUUAAAUUCAGAACAAAGAAUCUCAGGAUCCAGGUUUGUGACUAGCUAGGAAUUCCACUAAUGACUGCAUAAUAUUUGCCAUUAAUUUCUAUCUUAACUUAUUUUUGUAACACGUUGCUAGACAUGGAAAAUAGUCUGUGCUGCUUUGACCUUUUACUUUUUACCUUUUAAUAAGGUGUAUCUGUGUACCAACAGCUGCCAGUAAACACCGUGAGCUCUGUAAGUAUAUGAACAGGGACUAUUGAUGUUUUGGUUCCAGUCACAGUAGAAGGUUGGGAAUUUAGAGAGGUAGUCGAUCACAGUUGUUAACUGCAUUUAAAGUGCAGAUUUGACGUGGCUGUCCUCACCGUACGGAAAGUCUAAGACUUCUGACGUAUCCCUUUUGGAAGCUUAGAGCAGGUACACAUAAUCCAAAGCAGUUGUUUGUAAACUUUAUAAGAAACAGAUUUUUCAAUGAAGGGAAAAUGCCAUCUAUUUGCUGAUCUUAACAAGAAUAUUUAUUUUUUUAUCUUUCAUAUACGUCCCUUUUUCCUGUUUUUAUGUUCAGUUUAAGGGAAUUGAUUUGGCUGCAUUUGCACUUUCUAAAGUUCUUGUAUUGUGGCAUAAAUUUGUCAGAUUCUAUCAGAAACCACAUUCCCUCAUUGACCAAACACGCCAGCGAGAAGUUAUCAGCUGUCCUGCUGCAAGCUGUGUUCUCCGCCUGCACGGUAAUGCUGUAUGUUUGCACAUUUGCAGAGAAAUUUGCUGAAAUUAGUCUCUUUGGGUGUCUAUGAUUGCUGUAAACCUUUUCUAUUUAAUCAUGAUUGUUUACGUUUUUUUUUUUACAAUGUGACAUUUCUUUAAUGCUUGAUGCUAGAACAGACCCUUUCACCUCAUUUGUGAUAGUUUGCAUGAGCACCUAAGAAUGUAUAUUGAUUUCCAGACUGCACGUGAAUUGAUCAGUGUCGUUUAUUAAAACCUUUGCACACAGUACACCUAUAUAAAAUAGUACUUUGAUCUAAGGUAUUUACUGCAAUGAUUGGUGUUUUGAAGGGGUUUGCAAAUAAUGUAUUGUUCUGUAAUUUCCUGGUCUUAAAGGUGAAUCUUUAGCAAAGUUCACUAAUAACUUCAGUUUUAAUGGAACCUAUAGGACACUAAAUGAAAAUCACAAUUUUGUAUCGGAUUCUGUUGCACAAAAAACAAAAGUGGAAUAGUAUUAAGACAUUUGUGGAAAUUUGAAACUAUAGUAGAAUGUUUGCAGUGCCUCAUUUAGCUGCUUAUUGUAUGUGUUUAAGGCAGUGGGUUAAUUAGAGCCCGACCGACAUAUCAGCGGGCCGAUAGGCUAUCUGUAUCGGCAUUUAUAGUGGCUUAUUAAAAAACAAACAUAUUUUUAAAUAUUCAUCAGAAUCAUUUAUAAUGACGGGAUUCUGAUAAAUGAAUAUU